CCAAAACAGUAUUGGAAGAAGAGCGAUUGUGGAACGCCAUAUCCUUUUUUGGUAUGGUGAGUUUGGACCUCAAGAAAGGCGUAGCAAGUGAUUGAAGCGAUUAAAAAAUUGUUUCAAGUCCAUAUUUAUCAACGAAAUGUCCAAGUCAUUGAAGAAAAUAGUGGAUGAGAGUCGGGAGAAGAACCUUCCAGACGUCGAAAUGUGUGACAGAGGCAUUUCGAACAUGCUGGAUAUUCCCGGACUCUUCACUUUGUCCAACAUCACUCAACUGGUCCUGAGUCACAACAAGCUGACAGUGGUGCCUCCGAACAUCUCAGAGCUGAAAAAUUUGGAGGUUCUCAACAUGUUCAACAACCAAAUUGAAGAGCUACCAACUCAAAUUAGCAGUCUUCAGAAAUUGAAACACCUUAACCUCGGAAUGAACCGCCUUUACAACUUACCCAGAGGGUUUGGUUCUUUGCCAGCACUUGAAGUUUUGGACCUCACCUAUAAUAACCUGAGUCAAAAUUCGCUGCCUGGAAACUUCUUCUAUCUCACAACUCUUCGCGCUCUAUAUCUGAGUGACAAUGACUUUGAAGUCCUGCCGGCUGACAUUGGAAAGAUGACCAAGCUGCAAAUAGUAAGUUAAAUGGCAAAAUCAAUG